ACGAAGAAGGGAACACUUUCAUCGUCGUCGUCGUUCAGCUCUUGGUUUCUCUUAUCAUCUCUUUAUUCACGUAUUCACUUACUGCUAUUCGUUUCGAGUCUGGUUUUAUCUGUACUGUUGAAGCUGGUGCAGCUGUGUGGUGUGUAAUUUCUUCGCUUCGAACAGUUUUAUUCGUGUGUUGAUUUAUUCUUCAUUUCGUUGUGGUAUAAACUUUGCGUUGUUUUAGGCCAAUUGAUAUUUUAUGUGGAAUCAGAGAAACAAGUGUCUAAAAAGUUGAAAGUACAUUGUGUAACAACUGAACCAUCAAAGUAGAAAAAAAAACAUCGAAAUAGAAAAAAACGAAAUCAUUUUUCGACGUUUAUAAAUAGAAAAGGCACAUUGAAGUUACGCGUGCGACAAAGAAGUUAAAUAAAAGUCACGUUUACAAUUUGAGAAAAAAACGAGUAUUUAUUUUCUAUGAACAUUGAUCACAUUCGAGCAGACAUAAAAUAAUAAAUGUACGAAAGAAUGCGAAGAGUGCAACAAAAGCACAACAAUAACAACGUUUAAUGUAAAUCGUGUAUGCAUUUUGUGCACCAACAAGAACUGCAAAAACAAAGUGGUGUGUUGUGAAAAAGGACAAAUACGGUUCAACAAAACCCAAGAGUGAACGGCACAAGAACAUGGCACAUGGGUCUUUUUCUACGAGUCAUCAUCUAGUGAUCUACAUUUGCGUACAUGAUUCAAAAUAAUUGAAUUGAAAUAACGAAAAAACAUUAUAUGGUUCCAAAAGUGUGUGUUUAGCAAAAUCAAUUCAAUGGACAAAAUCUGUGAAUGAUUGCAUUGAAAAAGAAUCAGUUUACGUUGACGUAUUUUGUCCGACAAAAACUAUACACUGAAAAACGCCAUUGAACAAACAAAGAAGGAGAAUUCUUGCGCAAAGUGAAUGGAACUUGAUAAUUGAAUCGAAUAACGUCUUUUUUUAAAUGUUUUAAUAUGUUGCGAAAAAUUCCCAAUUAUGAGUAUCGCGAUAAUAACAAAAAUACCAGUGACAGUAGCAGCGGUUGUGAGGACGAUUUCGAUGCUGACGACAGCUAUGUAAACGAUUGUGAUGAGCAUGAAUCUAGAAAAAUGGACGCAACAGCAGCUACACUGAAUCUUUCACCAAUGCCACACUUUCCACCGCCACCCGACUAUCCACCGCCAACAGCACGAACACAAACUCCACAACGAAGUCGUUAUUACUAUUACGAAAACGGUAAAACCGAUAUGAGCGGCAGUCGGCGCCGUGUUGGAAGCUUAGAUAGAGAUUGUGGUUAUACAACUGAUGGAAAUGAAAUUUGCAGCCAAUACCGACACAAUGGCUCGAAUCCGACAAGCAACAGCCACAGUGCAAAUAAUAGUUUCAGCAGCACCAGUAGUUCUAGUAAUAGCUCCGUAGUCAUGCAUAAAAUGAAAAUGCCACAGUCCCAAAUGCGAUAUCCGCUGCAAACAAACACAAGCGAUUUCGAUAGCAUUGAAAUCUUUUCAACGGAACAGGAGAAAUGCUUUUCACAUAAAACGCUCACUUCAUUAUCGAAAAGUAGCAAAAAUAAAAUGAAUCACGGUGGCGAUGCCGUUCGUUCGGAUAACAGCAACCAAAACAUUAACGUUGUGGAGUUAUUCGAACAAAAUUUAAUUCCAUUCGGUGGUAGUGCAGCCAGCUUUGCACGAGAAGCGAAACUCCAUACUAACGCUGAACCGCAGGUGAAAUGGGUUCGAACGAAUAUUUCAGCAACAAUGGAACGAUUUCAUCCAAGCCCGUCGACAUCAAAGCACAAUAAUUCCACUGCCGAUCAUCUUUAUCAACAGAUUGAUGAGUCGCCCCGGUCACGAUAUGAUUUUGAGACGAAUCAUCCAUUAGGCGCUGCUGGACCAUCAAAACCACCACCACCAAAUUCAAUGCGCGCUUUAAUGAUGACGGCGAAUCGAAAUGCUUUCAAAAUGUCACCAACAAUGCGUCAUAUGUACACGACACGGUACGGAACUCAAGAAAAUAUUUAUGAAGAAAUUUCCAGUGAAGAAAGACUACGAUUGCUGUCUGGUGGACAUUCAAUGAUGUCAUUGCAUCAAACUAGCUCAGUUGAAGAGGAGUUUCGUCGUGUUCAAAAUCGACAUCGUCGAAUUUUAGGUGAAUUAAAUUUAUCAGUUGAAGCGAUGCUAAUGCCUUCAACUCCACCGAGUGAAAGUCCCAUAGCACAGGCCGAAACGCAAGAAUCUGAAACAACCGCAUCAACGACACGUUUAAAUGAAUUAUUAAAUGUUGUUGGUCCAACCGACGAACUUUUGUCGCCGGUCAGCAUUAAUGCAGCCAACAAUAAUAACACGGGUGAUAUUGAUAGUGGCUUUAGUGGUAGCUCUAGCAGUGGAGGUGCAAGCUAUUUGGGUAGUUUACGUUAUAAAAAUGGUUUGCCAAUACGAUCGUCAACACCAAAUGGGCACAGCAGUGCAAGUAGUUGUCGUUCAUCACAAAGAUCAAACGAAGACCCUGGUAUACUAAUGAUUUCCACACGGUCAUCACCACUGUAUGGAAAUGGCAUUAUAAAUGGUAGUACCCAUGGUGCCCAUACACUUGCAAAAGCAAAUCGAUUUCGUUCGGCUGAAGAUCCUGGACCAAAUGCCACUUAUAAAGAUGGUAAAGUAGUUGUGAAUGGCGUGGCGACAGCAAGUAGAGGUGGUUUUUGGAGUAGAAAAAGUUGGAGAAAAUUGCCGGGAUUUUCAAGUAACAAUAGCGUUAAUAAAGCCGGUUUGAACAAUGAUCGGAAAAAUAAUUAUAGCUGAACAUGAGAAAGUUGUAAUGGUUAAAAAAAAGUCGACGAGAGCAGAGAGCGAGCAAAAUUGCAACAUGUCAUUUAUUUAUUAUUGGCGCGCUGAAUAAUUAGGAUACAUACGCAUUAUGAGUGUGAUUAACGUGAUGAUAGAUAUGGCCUAUUCGUAAAAUUCGUAUAGAUAAGUUAUUGAAGCGCUAAUUGACAGAUUGCGCAGCGAUGCAUGUGAGUUCAUUCAAAAUACAUAUUUUAACAGCCUAGAAGCGCAAAAAUGUAAUAGCUACAAAAUGGAAAACAUUAAAAUUAAACACUAACACUAGAUAUAAGUAGAUACCUAUAUUAAAAUGGAAAAUAAAAAUUGAAAAUCAAAUAAAAUGCCAGUGUGCAAAUGCAUGUCUUUAUUUUUAGUCGAUCUGAAUGUAAAUAAAAGAAAAGAACGCAUCUAAUUGUAAAAUUUUUAGCGAUUGAAACAAACACUUUGAACUGAAUUUCAGAAAAACGUAUACUGAAUGAAAUAAAUGUUAUAACAUAUAAUAUAUUGAAUGAAAUAUUUCAAGUCAAUCUCCAAGAAAAACAAAAUGGAAUAAUGCAAUGAUGAGCGCAUAUUGAAUUUCUCUAUCAAUUCAUUUUUUUCGUGUGCAUUGGAAAAUUCAGUAAAAUAAACUGUGAACGAUUUAUCUGUAUCUCAUGCCAGUGGCAUAAGAAAGAUAUAUGAAUAUACAUCAAUCAAUGAUAAAUGACACAAAUUGUCCGAACCUAAAGUCGAUCCGUGUGUAUUCUGAAUCAAUCAAAUCGGUUCUUUUCUCAUGUUCUUAUGUUGAACCGAAAUUCAACAAUUUUCGUAUUCUAAUAAAUAAAAUAGCACACAUAAUGAUUCUUUAUUAAAGAAGUCUAUGUGUAUAUUGCACAAUCUUUGUCUAGACAUAAAUGUUGUUUUUCAAUGGGAUCAGCUUACCGAUAUAAUCUAUAUGCAGUUGUGUCAGUUUUUCUUUAAGUUUCAAUACGGUGCUUUUUAUUAAAUUUAUUCUCUAUCGUUGUAAAUAAAAUAAAAAUCCGUCGGCUUUUACACACUCACACACAAAAACAUUCAUAUAUAUGCUAUAAAUCAAUAUCAAACAUGUCAUCAAUUUUCAUUUGAUCACGCCGUUACAUUUGCACACUUUGUUUUCCACAAGGAAUUUUUUUCAAAUUUACCAUCCAAAAACAUGCAACAUAACAGAUAAAAAGUAAAACAUUUUUAAACAAUAUUUGAUUUUCAAGCAAAGAAUUGAUAUUUUAUUGUAUUGGACAUUUUCUCUAAUCGUGCCAUGUUACUAAAUGUUUAUAAUAAACACGACAAUGAAAAUAUUUUUGACCGCAAAUAUCAAGCCACUGAAAAAUGUGUAUUCAAAUGUUCAAUGAAAUAGCUUACCACCGCGGAAUAUAGAAUUUCAGGCCAUUUUAAUAUACAAUAUUAACAAUAGUUCACGUUCACUAAAAUAAACAACUGAUUUUGCUUAGCUAAACGUAUUUUGCUUUUGCAUUUGCAAUUGCGUUAUUCAAUAAUAAAAUUGAAUUCGAGACCAAUGAAGUUUAAUUUAUUCACCGCAGCAUUCUUUGCAACGAUAUUUGUUGUGUGGCGUUGUUAUUCAAAUUGGUAUCAAUGAAAAACGCGACUACUUUUCAUCUAACUGGCGUUUUAAAGUGGACGUUUCUGUGGAUAAAAUGUGGGGGCAUUUCAUCAUUCCAUCCAAUUGAAACACCAUACCCCCUCAUACAAUUGAAAACACACUCACUUUUCAUUUAUAUUUUCAUAGUUUAGUGAUUGAAGCGUUUUAGGGAAAUACAUUGAAUGAAAUGCAUUCUUUUAGAAAAUUCCAUCACAACCAAUGCUGUAAACAAUAAUAAUAAAAUCUAAAUGUUUAUAAACAAAAAAAUAUAAAAUACAAUUAUUUGAAUAAUAUAUGAAUAUGGAAUAAUAAUUAUAUUUGGUCGAACAUUAAGAGGUAAACACCAGAAUAUGCGAUGGAAAAGAAAAAUUU